AUGAAGUCUUUCUCCGUUCUUACCCUUCUGUCCCUCUGCCUGGCGCAGACGGCCUUCGCUGCUUGCAGAACCAGAAGCACCGACUGUUCUCCCCAAUCCGUGUGCGAUGCGAUCUCGAAGCCUGGCGCUUUCCCUUGCGCCACGACCGAGCAGCAGAGCGCUGCUCAGUGCUCCCAGGCCGCGACUCCCGGUAGCGACGGUGGCUCUGUCAUUGCCUCGAGACUGAAGGAAGUCGGACUGGGCGAGCAACUGGUCUACCCUCAAGAAUCUCGAUAUCACGAAGUGGUGACCCCGCAUUGGUCCCUUACUGCUCAACUCACACCUUACUGCGUGGUUCAACCGACUACGACGGAGGAGGUCUCCAAAGCGGUUGCCGUGCUGGCCAAAGUCGAAGGUUGUAUAUUCGCUGUUCGAAGCGGCGGGCACUGCGUUUGGCCUGGCUCGAGCAACUGCGAUAAUGGCAUUGUCAUCGAUCUUGGGAAACUCAACGGCAUCGAAUACGACCGGGAAAAGAAGGUCGUCAAAGUACAGGCUGGCUGUAGGUGGAGAGAUGUGUAUCGGAAAGCCGAGGACAAUGGAGUCACCGUGAGCGGAGGCCGCGAGGGCGCUGUUGGCGUCGGCGGCUUCCUAUGCGGUGGCGGCUUCUCCUGGCUCAUACCUCGAUCCGGCUUCGGCUGCGAUACAGUGGUUCAGUUCGAGGUCGUUCUUGCUGACGGUCGCAUAAUCCAAGCAAACAGCCAUGAGAACUCCGAUCUGUUCACCGCCUUGAAGGGUGGCUCCUGCAACUUCGGCAUAGUCACGCGUUUCGAUUUGGAGACUUUCCCAGAAACUCAAGUUUGGGGCGGGGUGAAUAUUUGCCAUGUAUCGACUAGUCCGAAGCAUAUUGAGUACUUCGUUGAUUAUAUCGACACAAUUGAGGAGAAGGCGGACUCUUCCUACGGUCUAGUUUGGGCAUGGGAACCUAGAUUCAAAGACGUUAUUCUCACCGUCAUGAUGUCCAACACGAAGGGUGUCGUUGAUCCUCCAGCAUUGGCUGAUGUUUUGGAAGUUCCGGCAAUGGUUAGCACCGUCGAGAGCAGAGGCGUCACCGAAUUCGCCCUUCACAUGGAAUCGCCCGAGAAGCUCUAUAAUCUCUGGCGGUCUGCCACGUUCAGCAAUGAUGCACGAAUUCUGCAUAAGCUCGUUGAAACCCACAGGGACUUCGUUGCAAGGUUGAGGGAAAGAAUACCAGACGACGGCUUCAACACCAUCUGCUUCGCACAAGCACUGCCGACUCUCUAUGCGAAGAGGGGCCAGGAUAGGGGAGGAAACGUCUUGGGCGUGGAGAAUCUGGGUGGCAACUGCAUCUCAUUCUUGGGGGCGGCCAACGUGAAAGACGAACAGCACGUGGAGUUCGCAUCCGGGGUACUACAGGAUUGGUACGACAGCCUCAUCGAAUAUGCCAAGUCUAUUGGUGUAUGGAAAGACUGGCUUUAUCUGAACUACUCGGACAAAUCGCAGAAUCCGUUGCAAACUUACGGGCAGGAGAAUGUGGACAAGAUUCGAGCAGCGGCGCUCAAGUAUGAUCCUAAGGGCGUCUUCCAGACCAAGUGUCCUGGUGGGUUCAAGAUCACGAAGAUUUAA